AUGUUCGAGAGGGCAGCAGCCAGGAAGAAAAGGCCCUUCUCCUGCACCUCUGAAUAUUGUUUCAGAGGAUGUUUUUCAGGAGACAGUGGACAUUUUCUGGCAGUUCAUCAGAGGAAGAAUUGGAAGCCAAUGUUCAUUUAUCAUCGUGCACAAAGUAUUGAGAAAAGUUUGGAUACCAGUGAUCAGAAGAAUUAUAGAAAAAAUUUCCACUUGCCUUCCCAUGUAAAAAUAGGCAAGUUGCAUCCUGCAAUCAUAGUUAAAUCAGCAUUCUCCAGACCAGCAUUUGACCCAAGUCUCAAUCUCCUAGCUAUGACUGGGGAGCACCAGGAAGUGGAAAACCUGCCCAUCCCAGCAGCUAAUGUGAUCACUAUGACUCUGCAAAUGGAUGUAAACAAGCUGAAUAUCACUUUGCUUCGGAUUUUCCGCCAAGGAGUGGCUGCUGCUUUAGGACUCUUGCCGCAGCAAGUCCAUAUCAACCGACUGAUUGGCAAGAGGAACUGUGUUGAACUCUUCAUAUCUCCAGUCAGUAGUAAAGGAGUUUCUGAUACUAUCCCAUCCAAGGAAGUACUACGAUCUCUUAAUAUCCACAUCCUACGCCAAGGAUUAACCCAGUUUGGAAUUACAGAGAUAUCCCCAGAGAAAAAUGUUUUGCAAGGAAAGCAUGAAUCGGAUAAACUCUGGAGUAAAGAAGGAUUUUAUGCUGUCAUAAUCUUUCUCAGCAUCUUUGUUGUUAUUGUGACAUGUCUGAUGGUUUUAUAUCGAGUGAAAGAGAAAAUACAAUUUUCUGUGAGACAGGAUAAGAACAAAAAACAGGAAAUACACCUUUCUCCCGUCCCUCUGCAAAGAACUCCAUCUGAAUAUAAGACAGCGAACAGAAUGGUCCAGUCUGAACAGACCCAUAAAGUACUAAAUGUUGUAGUAGAUCCCCAUGGACAAUGUACUACUGAGAUCAAGCCUCCACUUUCUGCCAAUCCAUCACCUUUCAAAAUGAAACCGGUGGGGCUGCAAGAAAGACGAGGAUCCAACGUCUCACUCACCUUAGAUAUGAGCAGCUUAGGAUGUGUUGAACCUUUAAUAGCUGUGCCCACCCCAAGGGAAAAAGUAGCAAUGGAGUAUCUACAAUCAGCUAGCAGAAUGUUGACCAAAGAGCAAUUAAAAGAUAUAGUUGCAAGUUCUCAUUUACUUCAGACAGAAUUCAUGGAAAUUCCCAUGAAUUUUGUCAAUCCUAAAGAAAUAGACAUCCCUAGUCAUGGAACCAAAAAUCGUUAUAAAACCAUUCUUCCAAAUCCUGUAAGCAGGGUAUAUUUGAAACCAAGGAACCCAGUGAAUGCUUUGAGCACCUACAUAAAUGCUAACUACAUCAGAGGUUAUGCUGGCAAGGAGAAGGCUUUCAUUGCAACUCAGGGUCCUAUGAUUAAUACUGUGAAUGAUUUCUGGCUAAUGGUAUGGCAAGAAGACAGUCCUGUUAUUGUUAUGAUCACAAAGCUGAAGGAGAAAAAUGAAAAAUGUGUACUGUAUUGGCCAGAGAAGAGAGGAAUAUAUGGAAAAGUGGAAGUACUUGUUGACAAUGUGCAGGAAUGUGAAAAUUACACUAUCCGCAAUCUAACAUUAAAGCAAGGAAACCUGUCAAGGAAUGUCAAACAUUACUGGUACACUUCCUGGCCAGAUCACAAAACUCCAGUCAGUGCUCAACCUCUUUUACAACUCAUGCUUGAUGUAGAAGAGGACAAGAAGGCUUCAACUGAUAGAGGUCCUAUAAUUGUUCAUUGCAGUGCUGGAAUAGGAAGAACAGGGUGUUUCAUUGCUACUGCGAUUGGUUGCCAUCAGCUCAGGGAAGAAGGAGCUGUUGACGCAUUGAGUAUUGUCUGCCAACUGCGUUUGGACAGAGGUGGAAUGGUCCAAACAAGUGAACAGUAUGAAUUUGUUCAUCAUGCGUUGAAUCUGUAUGAAAGCAGGCUCUCCGCUGAAGCCGUCCAAUGAAA